GUCACCCUGCGUAUUUCCCUAAAACUAGAGCGCUCGACAAUUAAACCGGUUUUUCUUAGACAAUGACCGGCCUCUCCGACGCACGUUGUAGGUAGUGGUGGUGCCAUGAGGAAUACGCUUCCAACAUACGGAUACAAAGGGAGGGUAUGUAACACGUUUUACUGAACUUCAGCUUUGCAUUCAGCCGUCGAAUUACACGAUACACCGAGCGACCUCCCCACGGCAGCCUACUUUCCGACACACUGACCAUAUCUUCGUGGGAGGCUAUGUCAGUGUUUGCGUAUUCUGAUUACUUUGCUGCUGAGUGUUUGGUGUCCAUAUCUAGCGGACCAGUCUUACAUCGCCCUACCCCUGUUCCUCCCAAUACACUGGGGCCCCUAGACCUCUCCCUUGGGGAAACGGAGGGGUCGAGAGAGGACAUGGAAGUUCGUGACACACUUAAAGACGGGGUUCUCUCUGCGGCUGGGAUUCUAACUGGACUGCACGGAAAGUUCCGACCCAUGUCGGUGAACUCGGAGAGCAGCAACUCGUCCGAUAACUUCUCUUGUGGGGAAAGCGGCUACACCACGCUGUCCGAUUCUACUAGUGCGACCCCCAACAUGACCCCCUCCUCUACGCCGAUGCCCAGUGCUCACAGAGGACAAUUAAACGGAUCGCCGAAUUUAAAGCGACAUCAUUGCACAUUUAGUGGAUGUGACCGAGCAUACGGCAAAUCAUCGCAUCUAAAAGCACACAUGAGAACCCACACCGGUGAGCGUCCAUUCCCCUGCUCGUGGCCCGAGUGCGGCAAGAAGUUUGCCCGCUCCGACGAGCUGGCGCGUCACAUCCGCACCCACACGGGCGAGAAACGCUUCCUGUGCCCACUGUGCGACAAGCGCUUCAUGCGCAGCGACCACCUGGUCAAACAUGCCCGCCGCCACCCCGACUUCCAGCCCUCCAUGAUCCCACGCAAUAAGGCCCCGUUCCGAGACGAGUGUGCCCCACUCGAGUGAGCUUAAUGUGGGCAAAUAAGAGGAAUCAGGCCCACUCAUCUGUUCCUACUCAUCUGUUUACUCUGGAUAUAAUGAUGUCCACUGAGACCAAGAGAGACUGAGUGCUGUUCCUUAUUAGAGAACAACAUAACCUCCUCGCCAGAGGUGUAUAAAGUACAAGUAGAAGUACUCUUACUGAUGUAAUUACAACACUAGCACACAAUCUUGCAUCGUUUAUACACCAGUUACUCCUCCGUACCGAGUGAACUAGAUACACUGUGUGAGUACUUCUAGUUUUACUUUAUACACCUCCUGUUAUUAUCGCUUUGUGUGCUAUUGCUUGUGUACUAUUUUUUGGAAAGUAUAGAGUGGUAUGAUUAUGCAGAUGUAGACUUUGUUUAAUUUUAUGUAGGGUCAGUAUUUUGUUAAUGAAUUAAUUACACAAGUGGUAAAUUGUUCUCUAUCCAAAAGCACAUGGCUUUUGGAGUGGGUGUGAUGAGACCACUGCUUUGUUAAUAGCUUUUAGUUCCCUAUAUUAGGUUUGCUCUAAGAGAUGCUCUGCUAUGGUGGAGCAAUACGUAGAGAUGGUUGAAGGUUGAUAGAUUUCUGUCAAUAUUUAAAAUACUAACUUUUUUUCCCUGCAGUUUGAUACUUACAUAGCAGCUGACUAAUGCAAGUUUACUGUAUUUCAAGCGGUAGCUUUCUGUUCCUGGGUGAGGAAAAUCCCAGGAGAAGUAAAAAAAAAAAAAAACGGCGUUCCUAAAAAUUUACAUCAUUUGACAUGUGAAUAUCUAAGUAAUUAUAGGUCCCCUGCAAAUGAGGUUAAGGGGGCAUUGUAUUGAGUAAUAAAAACGUGUAUAUAUCAAAAUUGGAGAAUGAUCGUUAGAGAGGUGUAUGAUUUGUAGCCAAUACCACAAGCCACUUGCUUGUCAGAGUUUGUGUUAAGUUUGAAUAUGUGAAGCAUUGAGAAAAUUCGUAAUCCCUCUAGCUAUAAUUUGAAUUUUACUCUUGUUAAACAUAGAGGCAGUGUAAUUUAAUUUGCUUAAGGCGUGUAAUUACUUUGUUAUUCACAUUUCAAGCUGUUAGGAGCGCCCUGUAGUUGUAAUAGGAAUAGGUUGUAGUACAAGCUAUGUUACUGCAACCAAUGUGUAUACAUUGCAAAAAAAUAAUAUUAAUACAAAUUUCAGGGUUCCACAGAGAUGUAUUGUUUGGAUCUAUCUGCGCUAGGGCCAGUUUUUACAUGGCUGCUGAGGUUACAUUGGUUCAGACUGUUUGUUUCUGCGUUAGCAGAGGAUUGGUACAGCAGUCAAUAUCCAAGGUCCACGUUCUUCAUUAAGUGCAAUAAAGGACUACAGUCUCACACAGGUUUUUUCUAGUGAAUGGCAAAUGCACAGAUCAUUCAGGGAAUAUUUGCCUGCUUUUUAAUCCCAUUGGAACUGCACCAAAUGUUAACAUUUUGCACCAAAACCAACCUGACUACAGUAUUAAAAAAAAAAAACACACACACACAUCCCCACAUGACACAUCACGAUGUAUGAGUUGUAAGCUAUUAUAUGCUGUCAGUUCCCAGGGUCAAAUGGGAAAAUCCAAAAUGGUUGUGUGGGUGUUCUGCAGAAGUUUGGCUUUCAUCCUGCUGAAAGCCUGCUUCAGCAACCUUCCCAAACAAAAAGGCAGAAGGGCUGCAUUAUGCUGAGGUCGUCACUAGAGGGCACUGUUUUGCUUGCUGUCAGAUGGGAACCUUUUGGCUUCCCUUUUUUCCACAAUGCAAUCCUAUUUGUAAAGCACCAGGAAAGCAUGAGUCUGUAUAUCUGUGGUUUGUUCUCAAUUUUGUUUUCAACAUUAGUUGUGAUUUUUACCCCAGAUACACUGUAUGAAAAAUUCAUACACGCCAGAUAGGUCUGUGUAUAUUGUUUUUAAGUGUGUUUUUAGUAGCUGGUGUGAAGAAACAAAUUAAAAAUGUUAUUUCGGUCAUUCCCAUAAGUGCAUUGUGACUCGAAGUGACAACAUACAGAUAUGAGAGAGUCCCCCCCAA